AUGUCACUUACAUACGAUCGACACACUACAGCCGAGCAAGUCUGUAAAGAGUUCGCUCCGCAGAUCAAGGGCCGCACCAUCUUGGUGACGGGACCCAGUCUCUCAAGCCUUGGCUUCAUCACUGCCGCUGCCAUGGCAGCGCAUGAGCCUGGGUUGUUCAUCUUGAUUGGGAGAAACGCGACCAGGUUGCACGAAGCCGAAGAGGCAUUGCACAAGAUCAACUCUGAACUCGAAAUCAAGAUUGUCCAAUGUGACAUGUCUGUCAUGUCUGAAACCAAGAAGGCUGCCGAGGAGAUCUUGAGUUGGAAUGUAAACAUUGAUAUUUUGGUCGCCAAUGCCGGAGUAAUGCUAGUACCAGAGACCAUCACUCCCGAAGGCUUCGAGCUUACACUCGCUACCAAUUAUCUGUCGCAUUUCUUACUCGCGACCUUGCUCAUGCCUCGUAUCCUCAACAGCACCUCCAAGAGGAUCGUCUGGGUAUCAAGUGGUGCCCAUAAAAUUACGGAUCUGAGUGAGUCAUCUCGCGCAUCACUUUGCGUUUUCGCAUUUUACACCCCAGUGAACGGACAGAGUAAGACAGCAAUGGUCCUUAUCGCUCGCCAAUUAGCCAAGCGUUAUGGGUCUCAAGGCUUGCAGUCCUAUUCCUUGUGUCCUGGACCAAACCCGACAGCUUUGUUGGACCACUUGCCACUUGAAACCCGAGUGGACUUUGGCAACCGGUUUGGAGGGCUAUACUUUGAGAACGGAGAUAUCAACUAUGACUCGCCGGUCUGGAAGAAGCCUGAAGAGGGUGCGGCAGUGAUUUGUCGCGCCGCUUUAGAUCCUUCCCUGGAACCUAAUGGCGCCUUCUUGGAAGACUCGUUGAUUGCUGAGGAAUCUUGCGCAUCUUGGGGAAAGGACCCGGCUUCAGUCGAAAAGAUCUGGGAAUGGACGUAUAACGUGCUCGGCGAACCAGUCCCAAGUGCUUGA